UUUUUUUUAAUUCAGUUAAGACGUUUUGGAUUACGAGAUGAUGUCAUUUUUGUUUGGAAAAAUAAUGCUUAUAAAAUAAAUAGAGUUCCGCGUUCUCGGGAUUAUUGCAAUUAUUUCCAAUCAAAAAUUCUAAAAAAAAUGUUGAAUGCCUCUUAUGGACUUAAUUCGUUUGUAUCUUCUUUUAAACUUCCUAAUUUUUUCUUUUUAUAGGCAAAUACUUUUUGGCAAUUAUUACAUUUAAUUAUAAAGAAAAAAUUUUGACUGAUGUUUUAUGAUUUAAUUUAUUUUUUUUUAAUUUUGAGGAUCUCUACAUAUUAAAUAAAUUCGGGUAUGGCCCACUUAGUCACCGGCCACCUGCUGUUGGAACAACCUUUCCAUUGUUGUAACAUUAUCCCCAGUUUAUGUCAUAUAUUUGUAGUAGUCAAGUUGCAAGUUCGGAAUUCGGAUCCGGGUCCGGCAAAAUCGAUUUUGCUGGGCACCACUUUUUAG